AUGGACUUCGAUAUCGAAAUGGGGGAUGGCAUUGGGGGCGAGGCUUAUCCGAUAGAGGAGCAGGGCAUACAGGACGAUAUCCUGCCAGUAGACGACGCGCAGGAACCAGGCGAGGUGGAAGAAGACGUCUCCGGCGCGGGCGCACAAUCCGGCGACCAGACCCUCGUCUUGAACAAGAUACACCUGCGCGGGCUCGACGCCUUCAACCCCGACGACCUCAGGGCAUACGUCAAGGAGCACUACAGCGCGGGCACCUUUGACCGCAUCGAGUGGAUCGACGACACCUCGGCCAACCUCCUGUUCAAGACCGAGGCCUCCGCGUCCGAGGCGCUCAUCGCCCUGUGCGCCGUCGAGAUCACGGAGCCCGCGCACCUCCCGCCGGGAGAGCUGCUGCCCGCCAAGCCGUACGCGUCCAAGCCAGAUAACACCUUGCAGGUGCGCUUCGCGCUGGCCUCGGACCGGAAGGAGGCGGGUGCCGCGGCGCGCAGCCGGUUCUACCUGCUGAACCCAGAGUACGACCCGGAGGAGAGGCGCCGGCGGGGCGAGUUUGACCGGAGCAGGGGCAAGUAUCGCGAUAGGGACGGCGAUCGGUACCGCCGGGGCGGCGGCGGCGGCGACAGGCGGCGGAGGAACUACGAGGACGACGAGCCGGAGACGUUCGACGUCAACCUAUACGACGACGACGAGGCGGCGUUGGCGAAGCGGGAGUCGCGCCCCUCGGGUAGGAGGCGUCGCCGGUACAGCUCUCGGUCGAGGUCGCGAUCUAGCGGGUCGGACGCGGGCCGGUAUGCACGACAGAACCAGAGUAAGGAGCUCUUCCCGGACCGGCGGCCGCGGGAAAGGAACGGCCUGUCCUCUCGGAAUCGAUCGGCGUCCCCGGCGAGGAGUGCGGGUGGAGGAGACAUGGACGUGGAUAGCGAUCGGAGGGCAGGGUCGAGGAACCGAGACAAGGCUCGCUCCAUCAAGGACCGGCUGUCGCGGGACAACAGCACCAAGGAGCUGUUCCCGACCAAGGUGUCGGCGCCCGGCUCACGGGCCCAGAUGGACCGGGUCGAUCCGACCGACAGCAUGACUACGCGCCUGAGUGGUAUGUCCGUCCUCAGUUACGACGGUGCCUGUGACACCGUCUUCUCCGUCCUUUUGCACCAGCACCAGCACCAGCACCAGCACCAACAUCACCUCCACCCUUCUGGCAAGACAAGCAGCAACAGCAUGGUGAUGUGCAGAUCAGUGAUAACCAACAAUAACCCCACAGAUCGGAUCACGAGGCCGUCGUCGGACAGCGCGUUCAACAUCCGCGGCCUGGCGGCCAAGAAGGGCGACGAGCAAGGGUUCGCCAUCAAGGGGAGCGCCAAGGAGCUGUUCCCGGACAAGCUGAACAACGCUGGCAAGGAGCUAUUCGCGGACAAGCUGCACGGUAGGGGUCGGCCGCGGCAGAGGGCCGAGGACCAUUUCAAAUGA